AUGAAUCAAGAGAUUGUCAAUGUAAGGUUAACUAAAUUUGUCUAGUUAUGGAGACUGAAAAUGGUAAAAUUCAUACCAAACAAUAAAAUCGAAUUUUCUCACACCGCAUAUGAAUACCACGGAUUAUAUAAUCCAUGAACGUAGUUUUUAAUGGAUUUGUAAUCCCUAAAUUUCAUAUACAAUAAAAACAAAAAUAGAACCUAAAUUACGAAUAACCUUUAUCACUAUACGUUAAAGUAUAAAACACUAAUAUAUGGACCCUAUAUCACGACCAAUCGUACGCAUAUUUCGUCGUAUCUUUCAUUUAUUUACAAAUUUGUAAAUUAAAAAUAGACUCUUUUAUAUUGGUCAAAUAAAAAAUAGACUAAAAUAAAAUUGUAUUUACAAGUGAAACCAAACUAAAAACCAUUACGAGAAAGAAUCUCACAAAAUUGACCAGAGUAAAGAGAGAGAGACAAAAAUGGGUCGAGCUACGAGGUGGUUCAAGGGUUUGUUCGGAAUCAAACCUUCUUCAUGUUCCGGCGGCACCGACUCCGGCGCAAUUUCCAACCGCCUUGACCGCUCUUUAUGCGACAGCUACGAGACGAUACCACCUAAUAUCUCCGAGAAAGAGGCUGCGUGGUUAAGGUCGUUUUACGCGGCUGGAGAGGAGGAGAAAGAGCGUAGAACGCAUGCAAUUGCUGUUGCUGCGGCCACAGCUGCUGCAGCUGACGCAGCGGUUGCGGCGGCUAAAGCGGCUGCUGCGGUUGUUAGGCUCCAAGGUCAAGGAAAGAGUGGUCCGUUAGGAGGUGGAAAAUGCCGUGAGAAUCGUGCCGCUAUGCAGAUCCAGUGUGCCUUUAGAGGCUACUUGGCGAGAAAAGCGUUAAGAGCGUUGAGAGGAGUGGUGAAGAUUCAAGCGUUAGUGAGAGGUUUUUUGGUACGGAAACAAGCGGCGGCGACUCUCCGGAGUAUGGAGGCACUUGUUAGAGCUCAAACUACGGUUAAGUUUCAGAGAGCUCUCCGCCGUAUCGGAAAUGCUGCUCCGGCGAGAAAAUCCACGGAAAGAUUCUCCGGAUCUUUGGAAAAUCGAAACAACGGCGAAGAGACAGCUAAGAUAGUGGAGGUAGAUACAGGGACCCGACCCGGGACUUAUAAGAUCCGAGCACCCGUUUUAACCGGGUCGGAUUUCUUAGACAACCCGUUUCGACGUACGCUCUCUUCACCGCUCUCGGGUCGAGUCCCACCGCGUCUAUCAAUGCCUAAACCUGAAUGGGAAGAGUGCAGUAGCAAGUUCCCGACGGCGCAGAGCACACCUCGUUUCUCCGGUGGGUCUCCGGCGAGGAGUGUAUGCUGCUCUGGUGGCGGAGUAGAGGCGGAGGUUGAUACGGAGGCUGAUGCUCACCGGUUCUGUUUCUUGUCGGGGGAAUUUAACUCGGGUUACAUGGCGGAUACAACGUCGUUUAGGGCAAAACUGAGGUCGCAUAGCGCACCGAGACAGAGACCGGAGAGUAAUGUUUCCGGCGGCGGAUGGAGAAGGAGUAUCGGCGGCGGUGGUGGUGUUAGGAUGCAGAGACCGUCGUGUUCGGGUGUCAGAGAAGCUGUGGUCGGGAAUAUCGAGAGGCGUAGGAUGCAUUGGUGAUUCUACCUUUUAUUCGUCUUCGUUAAUUAGGGGAGUAAUGUAGUUUACUCAAAGUUUACUAAUGUUAUUAAUUUUAUAUAGUUUGAUAUUCUUAUAGUUUUCUAAGUAACCAAUUUUAAAACGUCGUUGUUUCUUGUUUGGGAUUUGUAUUGUAUGAUUGACAUUUCACAAGUCAAGUGUAAUACAUUUUGCUACGGAUUUUUGAUUAGCUUUA